CUUGGCUGCAGCAGCGACCAGCCCAAACCUGCGACCCCUCGUCGUCCUCGGCUAAUCCGCCGCGCCUCCGAUACUCCCAAGGCGGCAGCAGCCAACAACAACAGCUGCAGCUGCAGGCGUGAGGAGCAGCCGCCAACCCACUUCGCCACGCUCCCCUCUCCGCCCGCCCCCCUCCCCCUCCCUCGCAAUGGCCGGCCUCCUCCACCUCCACUCGACGAUGCUCCCCUCGGCGUCCGCGCUCCGCCGCCGCGCGGGCGUGGCCGCAUCGUCCUCCUCCUUCUCCUCCCGCCGCCGCUGCCGGGUGGAGGCCAAGAUCCGGGAGAUCUUCAUGCCGGCGCUCAGCUCCACCAUGACCGAGGGCAAGAUCGUCUCCUGGACCGCCGCCGAGGGCGACCGCCUCGCCAAGGGCGACCCCGUCGUCGUCGUCGAGUCUGACAAGGCCGACAUGGACGUCGAGACCUUCCACGACGGAAUCCUCGCUGCGGUCCUCGUGCCCGCCGGCGAGUCCGCGCCCGUCGGCUCCGCCAUCGCGCUCCUCGCGGAGUCUGAGGAGGAGAUCCCGCUCGCUCAGUCCCAGGCCGCUUCCUUCUCCCCAUCUGCCUCACCGCCGCCUCCGCAAGAAACCGCCGCCCAAGAAGCAUCCCCUCCCCCGCCACCACCUCCUCCUCCGGCACCGGUGGCUGUCUCUGCUCCCGCGCCGCCCUCGCCAGCGACACAAGGCGGGGCGCGGGUGGUUGCGUCGCCCUACGCCAAGAAGCUCGCCAUGGACCUCGGCGUUGAUCUUUUCUCGGUCACGGGGUCAGGCCCGGGCGGGCGAAUUGUGGCCAAGGAUGUUGAGGCUGCGGCGGCUACGCCCAAGAAGGCUGCACCAGUGGCUGCUCCAGGGCCGGAUGUGCCAUUGGGGUCGACAGUGCCAUUCACGACAAUGCAGGGCGCUGUCAGCAAGAACAUGGUGGAGAGCCUUGCUGUCCCGACAUUCAGGGUCGGGUACACCAUGACAACUGAUGCUCUCGAUCAGCUCUACAAGAAAAUUAAGUCGAAGGGGGUGACAAUGACAGCUCUGUUGGCAAAGGCUACAGCAAUGGCGCUGGUGCAGCAUCCUGUGGUGAACUCCAGCUGCAGGGAUGGGAAGAGCUUCACAUACAAUAGUAGCAUCAACAUCGCUGUUGCAGUGGCCAUGGAUGGUGGGUUGAUUACUCCUGUGCUUCAGGAUGCUGAUAAGGUUGACAUUUAUUCGUUGUCGAGGAAAUGGAAGGAGCUGGUUGAUAAGGCACGAGCAAAGCAGCUCCAGCCCCAUGAGUACAACUCUGGUACAUUUACUCUUUCAAAUCUUGGCAUGUUUGGAGUUGAUAGAUUUGAUGCAAUCUUGCCACCUGGAACUGGAGCAAUCAUGGCCGUUGGAGCAUCACAACCGACAGUAGUUGGUACAAAAGAUGGUAGAAUUGGGAUCAAGAACCAAUUGCAGGUCAAUGUUACCGCUGAUCAUCGGGUUAUUUAUGGAGCUGAUCUUGCUGCUUUUCUGCAAACACUCUCCAAGAUAAUUGAGGAUCCCAAGGAUCUUACGUUUUAGAUGUAUCCAGUGAUUGUUUUUCCCUGGGCAAUAACAAUUGGGUGCUUCUCACUUGUCAGUAGAUGUGUAGGAUGUGUUCUGGUCAUGUGAAUUAGUUGAUUUAAGCUGUCAGCAAUGUUGGUAUCAGGUAACUUGCCCUGCUGGUUACCUCUCAUCAUUGGCUUGUUUUUCAAUAAAUUCUUGUAUCUUUCUUUGUACUAAAAUAGGUGUGAAGGAUGUGUGCAUUUGUCAUUUUUUACAGGAGUUUUCAUGGAUAGUAGUCCAUUUUGUUGAGUUCAAUGUACCAUGGAUUCAUUGUCUUAUCA